AUGGAGGUUGCAGAAAAAGCAUGGGGAAGAGUGAAGUCUGGUGUGGAAAAUUUUGUGCUCGUUGGUCUUCAUACGUGUGGAAAUCUCGGCCCGUCGAUGAUUCAGCUUUUUGCCGACUCACCGGCUGCUCAGGGCCUUGUUUCCGUUGGCUGCUGUUACAUGAAGCUCAACGAAGACAGAUGUGAAGGAAUGGAAAGGAAAAUGGCAUACCCUAUGAGCAGCCAUGUCUGUGCCCUGGGAAAAGUUGCUGCACUCAGCUACCAAGCACGAGAGGUUGCUUGUCAUGCUUUUGAAGUGUAUACCAGGAAAUUGAAAGAGUCACCAUUGGCACUGAAAAUCCACUGCUAUCGAGCCCUGCUGGAGAGACUGAUUGUGGACCGGUACGAAGACCAGAGGCACUGCGGCUUAGGAUCAGUCAAGCACGCUGCUAAUUUGACAUUUUCACAGUAUGCGAGAAAAGCUCUGGAGAAGUUUCCGUUGCCUCUGCCUGAUGAAGAUCUGGAUUUGCCCGAGCUGGAGCUUGCAAUGAACGAGUGGCAGCGUGUUGUCGUCUUCUACUCCUUGCGUCUCCUUCUGGCCCCUGUCAUUGAAUCUCUGCUUCUCGUCGACCGCAUGCUGUACCUCUGGGAUCGCUGCAUACCGAGCUGCCUUUUGCCCCUGUUUGAACCCUGCCUCUCACCAAGGAACCUGGUAUUGCUGGCAUUCAAAGAAAACAGUCAUAGAGGCGAGCAGCAUUUUAAAGAUGUAUAGGUGUACAGAUAAUAAAUUACGUUUUAGGUGGUA